CCUCGGCGUGCGGCAGAGGGCGCCCCGCAUUCCGCCAGAGCGGGGCCGGGAGGAGCCUCCGGCGCGGUGCGGCUCGGCGCGGCCGGGGAAGGAGAGAGAGAGAGGGAGGGAGGUGCCACGUCCUCUGCGCCGAGCGGCGAGGGAAGCCAGCCUGCGCCUCAGCCCCACGUGUGGCGGAGCGGGGAAGUUGCCGGCAGCGAACUCGGACUCUGCCCCUCUCCCGCCGCUGCCCGUCUCUUCCCGUCCCUCGGGUGAGCGCAACUCCAAUUUCUCGCACAGCCAACCACUCGAAGGAGAAGGAAUUUUUCAGCCCCUUGUUUCAACAGACCUUGGACUAUUUUCUGCUGCUUAACUCCCUUUGCUCCUCUGUUUUGGUGAACAGAAGAUCCUAAGAGGAGGAUGAGGCAGCUAAGAGGAAAACCCAAAAAAGAGACCUCCAAAGAUAAAAAGGAGAGAAAACAGGCAAUGCAAGAGGCCCGGCAACAAAUCACCACUGUCGUGCUUCCCACGCUGGCUGUUGUAGUACUGCUGAUUGUUGUGUUUGUUUAUGUAGCGACUCGUCCAAAUACAACUGAAUGAUGCGGCUUUUCAGACUUUCUAGCUUUGGGGUAUUAAUGAUUUUCUCAAGAGCCAAAAGGAACUCUCUGCCACUCUUUCAGUACUUUACAAAGGAACUCGCUGGUAUUUUCAGUCUUUCUCUUGGUUAGGGUCCCGCAGUUUCUCUUUAGGAAUGUAACAUAAAAUGUAUUGGUGAAUGUGCCAGUACGUUUUAUGGUCCAGUUCAUGUGCCUUUCAGACUUUUAAAAUGGUGUUUUUCUUAAAUCUGUUUGAAGCUCUAUAUUGUAAAAGGAAAUUGUGUUCUGCUAUAAAUUUGUAAAAAAAAUCAGCUUUCAGCUUUUAUCACUGUUAUGGAUAACAUUGCUCCCAUGAGCUCUUGUGCGUCUAUUUCAGAACUUCCAAAGAAGUACACUUCUUCUUUGUACUUAAUGUCAUAUGAAGUGCUUUGAUUCAGAAAGGAUAUAUUUAUUUUUUGAAUAAAAGAGAGAAGUCUUA